GUGGGUUUGUGUGAGUCUGGACGGCACCCGGGGUUGCUUCAGCCUGUGUACGCUUCCCCUCAGAAUCCAGCUGAUGCCUGGAACUCCUGCAUGCCCCCCCUUCCCCCGCCCCGGGGAGCCUGUGACAGGUCGGCAGGGUUCUGAGGCGCCCCGCCUAGCAACGGAAUCCUGCAGUCCUCGCAGGCGAAGGCGGCAAAAUGGGCAGAGCAGAGCGUUAUACUCAGGCCAGACUCGGCAUGAAGUCCAGGAAGAGGUCGGACUCGGCCCGGCGCAGGGCGCUGAGCACCAUGGAGACGGCCCUGAGGAAGAGGCCGUGGAAGACUCCCGGACUGUGGAACACGCGGGUCCACCACAGCAACCUGCAUGUGGCAAGCUUUGCUCUGCUCACUGUUGGCUUGAUCAUGUGCACCGCAGCCAUGGGCUUCGCCGAGUGGCGGAUAUGGCACAUGAGCAGUCCCCAAGGCCUGGCCCUCGUGGGCAUAUGGAAAGUCUGCAUCUACCAAGUGCCGCGCACCCGCAUCGCACCUUUCUGCCACAGCUAUCCGUUCUUCGACAGUUACCUCCCUCCUUCACUUCAGAGAGUCCAGUACCUCCUGCUCCUCGGCGUUAUUCUGGGGUACCUGGGAAAGGUCGCCCUCAUCAUGGCUCUCCGGAAUGUGUUCAUGGCGAAGACGUCCAAGACGAAGGAUUAUUUUCUGAUGUCCGGGUUUCUGUGCACCGUUGCGAGCAUCUGUGUUGUCCUGACUGUCAUCUACACGUACCAAGCCGUAAGCAACGAGCAGGGCAUUGACUUCCCACCGUCGUUUUCAAUGCCCUCCAGGCCCGACUCACAGGAAUUUGGCACUGCGCCUUUGGUAGCAUCCCUGGGAGCCACCAUAAUGUUCCUGAGUGGUUUAUUUUCCCUUUUCCACAAACUCCCCUGA